AGCAAUGUCAUCUUUAUAAUUCCUGGAAUUAUAGUAAUCAGUCUCGCUGGUAAGAUAAAUUUCUAAAAAAGCGCGGCAUCUAAUUCUCUACAUAAAUUGCGGCUAUUCUAAAACAUAUGGUUCAUUUCUAUUCUAUUCCGUUUAGCGAAUAUCUCAUUGUGAAAUUAUCAAUCAUCGGUAUCUAUCAAUCAAAACAAUCAAUCAUUAAGGACAACAUAUCGGAAUUUCGUUGCAUAGAUCAAACACCUGUAACUGUUGCAUGUGACUCAGAUUUAUUGAUAAAACAUGACACGUGAAAUUUCGACAUGAAAGACACGGUUUCAUUGACUAAAAUGCUCGAAAGGUGGACCCCUCGUAAUGACCAUCAAUUACGAAUGAUAUUAACCCCGAGGAAUACAAUGAUUUCAGUAUUCUCGAUAUUCUCUGUUAUAAUUUACAAAAUGUUAAUAACAUAGUUAAUAGUUAAACACAUAUAUGGUUUUGUAUGAUCCCACACGAUGCAGCGUUCGAUAUUUCUUGGCAACGUGCAAGAAACACAAUGCAUCUGCUUAAAGCGUUUUAAUCUACGUGGCCAGGUCAUUUAGCCAAGGUUGACUAGCAUUUCGUGGCUUUUCGGUGAACACGUUGGAAGCGGCCACGUUGGCCUGUUGAACACAUGACUGCCAAUAAGAUAAGGAACCUAUUCCGAGUUGGCCAAUCAUCGGUCGCAUGUUUGAUCAUUGUUUAUCUUCCCGCCAAACACGAGUGACGAUCAUCUUUUGCGGAAGCAUUCAAUUCCUUGCAGAUUUCUUCCAUUCUUUUUUGACAUUAAAUUGCUCUUCGACUGCUUAAUCGUUGACCGGUGACCCAAGGUGUUCUCGGAUUAUUUUAGUUCUUCCUACAAACGAAGAUGAAUUCUUCCAGGAUGUGGAUGAUACUUGCAAGUGGCCUUCUAGCUGUUGCAUUAGCGAAUGCGGAUGAUGCAGCGAAUGUCGUAUCAGAAGCGGCUUCCGAUGCAACCAUACCUCCAGAUGUGGUUCCUGGAUUCGAAGGAAAGAUGCCAACAACGGAACAGCUUCUCGAGAUGCUUGACUCGAUGACCGGCAUCUCGGAUGAAGAAAAAUCGAUUCUCAGGGAGGAUCUGUUGAAAAGUCUUCAUGGAAGCGAUAGUCUUCCACAGCCGACACCUGGCAAUGACUUCACUAUGCAAACUGUGAUGCUCUUAUCCUUGUUGAGCGUAGUUGCUCUAAUUUUUGUUUUCUUCGUCUACAAAUUGUUCAAGUGCUUGUCGGAGAGGCAAACGAAGCGAGAAGAGAAGAAGAGAAACAAACAGAUGAAGAAGAAAAAGUAAUGUAAAUAACGUCACGAGGGUGGUAUCGCAUUAUGGAAUGCGAUGCAAGGAAUAUAAAUAUGCAUCGUGUUACGAAUCGCUACGAUACGUUACAUUGUUUUGCGGAUGGUGUAUUGUAUUUUAUGUACGAUGAAAGACGAUUUACAUGUUACGACUUAUUCUAUUUUGUUAAAUAAAAUAAUAUAUUUAUGAAUAAAAAAUGGAGCCCAUUUAUUAGGGGACUAUAUAUUUUGGCAACAGAGGAUAUUUAUUGUGCCGUUUUGUGACAUACAUGACAUGCGCCAAAAUUCCUAUCGAAGUAUACAACAUGCAACCGAAUUACACACACUUGUGUGUGCCACGGUGGAUGUUAUCAAAUUCCUACCUUGAGUUCGCUUUACAUAGUAUCUAAAUUAAAAUAUACAAAGAUAGUUAUUCUUCACAUGUACAAUCCUAACGAUUGUUAUACAAUUCUUUCGAGUAAUGUAAAAACGACACGCGUUUCACGACCCAUUGAGCAUUGAGAUGCGCUAUUGGUUUAAUCCACGUAUAAAGGUACGUUUGAUUGUACAUAAAAUAUAGAAAAUGACAUUAGUAGCCAUAAUGACAUACAUUCAGGAAUUCGCAUCUAUUUAUUACUGAUUCUGGAAUUGAUUCUUUGCAAAACUCCUAGCUUACGAUUUAACAUUUGGUAGUAAAUUAUAAUACUUGGUAUGUUGACCAUGAUUUACGAAGAUGUUCAAGGAAAAGUUUAUCUUCCUCUAGUUUGUACUGCGAAAUAGAGUUAACAUGUGUUUUCGUGGCAAAGCAAUUAUCAUUAUUCCUAAUUGUCAAACGCUUAUUAAAUAAAUUCUAACACUUUGCUAAUGAACAAAAAAGGAAAGAAAAAGAGAAAAUAAGGCACUUGUAUUCUAAGGACGUUCGUUAAAUAUCAAAGAAUAGAAACUUUGGUGUUUCAUUCUUGCUUCUUUGCCUUAGCAAAGUGAUUUAUUGUGGAAGUAAUGCGCUCUACGUCCUUUUAUGCCUCGUGGCUAUUCGAUAUCGUGAUAGUUCAUGAUAAUAAAAAAAUAUUACACUUUGUGUAAAUAGAGAUCAUAUUCAUCAGCGUAUCAUCAUUGAUUAACGUCCUAGGUAAAGUCUAUAAACUCGAAAUAACAAUUGAUUCGACGCUGAUGAAUAAUCAUAACAAUAACAAUAUUUGCAUACUAGAUUUGCAUGAUUGUGGCACAAAAAUUGAGUAAUUACGGUAAUCGCCACCAUUUGCAUAUUUCCUAAAUAAGUUUUCGAACUACA